AACUUUGAAACAAUACAAAGAUGGCCUCAAGUUCUAUGAGCUCCUCUUGGACGUCUAAGCAAAAUAAGAUGUUCGAAAGGGCUUUAGCCGUUUACGACAACGACACUCCAGACCGUUGGCAAAACCUGGCCAAAGCCGUCGGGAAUAAAUCGGCAGAGGAAGUCAAACGUCACUACGAUAUUCUCGUUGAAGAUCUCGUGAACAUCGAGCAAGACUUAGUCCCUUUGCCUAAAUACAAGACCGUCGAUGUUGGAAAUAAAUCAAGAGGCAUCAACGAUUACGAUUUGAGGUUAAUGAAGAAUAUGAGGAUCCAGUGAAGUCUGUUACAUUGAAGCAAUAGUGCUAUAAAAGAUUCAGAGCGAUAUAUUUCCUUAUCACACACUGAUGAUCAUUGAUCAGAACUUAUCUUUUCAUUGUGCCACUUAAUUACUUAUUUAACCUUAUUUUCACAUCAAAUGAGCCAAAUCAUGUUGCUAUUGUGGUUUUGUUUCUAGUUAUUGAUUAUUAUAUAUUUUUGCCAAUUAUUGUGUUUGAUUUUCGAUGGCUUUAGCUAUCAAUAUAAACUAGUUUACA